UACGUAUUACCAAAAGAUAAACUUGCCGGCCGCAAAAGACCAAUUGAAAGUUGCUAGUCAUACCAUGACUAAAGAAAUGGAAAAAGGGUGAAGUAUCAUACUUCGAAACCUCCUUUCUUCAGCUGUCUCCAACUCACUUAUUAUUUAAUCUUUUCACCGCCAUUAUAAAUACACUUCUUAUCCUCUUUCUUCCCCUCAUGUUUACAUUUCACUUCACAACUUUUUUAUCCAAAAAAACCAAUAAAAUCAUUACCCUAAUACAAAAACCUUUCUUUACAAAAAAAAAAAAUUUAUUUCUAAGCUCCCAAAACAUAAACCUUUUACUUGUAUUAAUCUUUUUUAUUUUUGUUUAAAAUGUGUGGAGGUGCAAUUUUAGCUGAUUUAAUCCCACGAAAUCAAGGCAGAUUUAUCUCUGGUUCAGAUUUCUGGCCUAAUGAUUUCAUCUCAACUUCAUCAGACAACUUCACUAAACAAGUUUCCUAUCCUCCUCCUAAAAGGUCACUUUCCUCCUCUUCAGGUAGCAAUGCACGACAAGAAAAGCGGCCGAAAAAACAGAGGAAGACAGAAUACAGGGGAAUACGACAGCGGCCAUGGGGGAAAUGGGCAGCGGAAAUUCGUGACCCAAGGAAUGGUGUUCGUGUUUGGCUCGGUACUUUCAAUACUCCUGAAGAAGCUGCUCGCGCUUACGAUAAAGAAGCUCGAAAAAUCCGUGGUAAAAAAGCUAAGGUCAAUUUCCCUAAUGAAGAUGAACAACAUUGUACUAACAAUAUUCAAGUAAACAACUACAAUUACAACUACAAUCCUCAUUCUUUUCAAGCUCAGCAACAACAACAACAGUUCAACAACAACAACUGUGUUUCUCAAAGCCAAACAAUUGAUUACUUGUCGUUCGAUUACUUAAACGGAAACCAGCAGUUUUCGUCAAAUGGAUUGGAAUCAAGUAUAGAGAAAUCAACUGGGUAUGGUUUAGAAUCUGCUUACAAUGCUCCGAAUUCGGAUGGAGUAGUGCCAGUGCCGAAGGCGGAGACUGCGGUGGUGGAAGAGGAGGAAAAUGAAGUGCAAAAGUUGUCUGAGGAGUUGAUGGCUUAUGAAAAUUACAUGAAAUUUUAUGAAAUUCCAUAUUUGGAUGGUCAAUCUGCGACUGUUCAGCCGUCGUUGGGUGGUUGUCUAGAGGGAAAUGCUACUUUGGAGCUUUGGAAUUUCGAUGAUGAUGCUACUGUUCUCUCUGCUGCUUCUACUUGAAGAUUGAUUUAUGGCCUUGUAAUUGUAAUUUACUAAUUUUAAUAAGUGAUUUAAUUUUUAAUUGUGAAAUUUAAUUGAGAAAAAAAAAAAAGUAAUUUUCCUUUUUUGUUGGUAGUUAGUCUACUAGACUAUGUUUUUUAGGAAGUUGUUUCAACUUUAUUUCAAGGUUUAAACUUUUUAUAAUUAAAGUAUAUGUAUUCAGGUGAAGUGUUUCUAUCUUUUUA